AUGAAACAAUCAGCUAAUCAGCUAUCAAAUGAAUUAAAUCAAUAUUAUAAUCAAAUUGAAUCAGCAAUGACUGAACACUUAAGAAUUGUUGAAGAAAGACAAGAACUUCAAUGUUGGUUAACUGAAGAAGAACAAAAGUUGAUUGAGAUGAAUAAACCAUUACAAACUUUAUUAUUUAGUGCAAUAUCAACAUUAAAAUCAUCAUCUAUGCAUUCAUUGAAUGUUCUUUUAUCUUCUUGGUCUAGUUUGAUUAGUGAAAGGCAGUCAAUUUUACAAAAUAUUAAAAGAAUUCUUCAGAAUUUAUCAUCUCGUAGACAACAAUUGUUAUCAUUUGAAGAACGUCAAUCAUUGGCACUGUUAAAUUUUAAAACUUAUAUAAUUGAUCGUACAAAUAACUGUGCUACAAAUGACACUGAUAGAUUGAUUCCUUAUCAUUCUUCAAUGAUCAAUUUAAAUCAAGAUUACAACACUUUGAUAAAUCGUUGCAAAGAGACAAUUAAUGAAAUAGAAAAAAUAAUUGAACAUGAUACAAAGUUUAGUAAUUUAGCCAAUAUUUUAUCGUUAGAUCUGAAUAAUCUGUCUGAUAUAAACAACAGUACUACUACUGAUCAACUUCUGAUCAACUCACAAGAUCUAUGGACACGUGAAUUAAUCCAGAAUAAGAUUGAUGAAUUGAAUCAACAGAUACGUGAUAUUUCUUUGAAGAAUAUCUAUGAAAAAUUGAAUACAUUCAAAGAUAUAUUCAAUAAUUCAAUUGCUUCAAUUGAACCAGAGAAAAAUUUGGCUGUUGAAACAAUCGACUUAAUAAAGAAUCAAAUUGAUAAAUUUGAAGAAAGGCUAAAUCAUCAAACUGUUUUAUUUCAAUUGAUAUUAAGUCAAAUGCAAGAUAUGUCGAAGGUGAUUGAACUUCAAGAAGAUUGGCGUUCACAGUUGUUGGCUAAGGUAGAGAAACUUGAAUCUCAGUUACCUGUUGAUUUGAAGUCAAAGAGGACGCUACUUAUACAAUGUCAGGAGAUUUCAACUGAAAUUACAGAACAUAUGACGGAGAUCAAUGAAAUUUUGAGAAAUUCCAGUAACUGUCUAUCACCAUCAGUUAUUUCACAAAAAUCGAUCACACAAGCUGAUGACAAUGAUUCCAAUGAUGUUAACUCAUCAUCACUCCUUAUAAGAUUUAUCCUGCUGAUGUACAACUAG